AUGAACACUAAUCAAUUAAAAACUAAAGUUAUCUUUGAUUUUACCAAGAAAAACAAAUAAUUAUUGGAUGAAUGGUCAAGAAAGGCUGUCUAGGCAUUCUUAGAAUAAAGUAGAAAAAUUUCACAAAAAAAAUGUGUUCAGGAAAUCUACCUAUGGUUGAUGAUGGAUACAAUGACACAUUGGAGCAAUUAGAAAUACUCGAGAAUUUAUUUAAGAGUAUAAAAACGAAAUGAAAAUUAGAUUUCAAAAAAACAAAGGGAGAUAUAUGUACAAAUUGAGAAUUUCAUAUUCUAUUGCUAGGUGAUUAGAGAUGAAAAAUUUACAAAAAGCGUGUUCAAGACACUUAGAGAGUAGGUGAUCGAAGAAUUUUGCUAUUAGCAACUUAAUACUCAAAGUAAAAAUGAAGAAGAUUAGCUUAAAUUGAGAUUGCCAAGAUAAGUCUUCACUAAAUGGAGAAAAUUGGCUCAUAAUGAAACAAUAUUAGCAAUUCUACAUUAAGAAUAUGAAUAAUUAAUUGCAUAAUUAGAGAAUGUAUUAGAGAAGAAGUUGAUUGAAUUGUAAGUAGAGGAAGAACACCACAAAAAAAGAAUUAAUAUUAAGAUAUGA